UCCUCCUUCCUGGAGACGGACCGGCACGUCCUGGACGUGAGCAAGGCCCCCAGCGACUGGAGCUGGGUCGGAAGGCUGAAGGCGAUGUCGAACGUCCGCGACCAGGGCGAAUGCGGCAGCUGUUGGGCCUUCGCCGUCUCCACCGUGCUGCGGGCGUUCAGCGAGCUGUAUCAGCAGGACCGCACCUUCUCCGUGCAGCAGCUCCUCUCCUGCACGCCCAACCCGCACCACUGCGGCGGCGACGGCGGCUGCCAGGGCGCCACGGCGGAGCUCGCCAUGCAGUACGCGAGCAAG